GGAGGACCGGCCCAGUCACGGCACUCAAGCGGCCCCCCGACACCUCCUCGUUCCCCCUCACCCUCUGACAUCGACGCUAUCAAGAACAUGAUCGACGGAUUGGUAGCAUUGGCAAACUCAGAAAAGAAGGGGACCGCCAGAGGCAUGGGGCAAGACCUCCUCACAGCUGUUCGCAAGCUAUACAAUGCGACCCAGAACCAAACAGGAACCAUUUCACUGGCAAACCUCCGCAAAGUGGUAGCCGAAGAACUCAGGGCGGCCACCACCGCACCCCAGGAUAAAAGAUUCUGGGCCGUAGUGGCCUCCCAGGAAUCCAGCCAAACCCAGACGCAGACCACUGCCCCAGCAAAGACAGUGCCAGCCCGCAUCAACAAGGAAAUUCUUGUCAGAGGCAGAGGAAUGCCAGCCGAUAUGGCCAAACGGACCCCACAGGAGAUCGUCCAGGCUGUCAACCGAGCGUCGAUGAAGAAGGGGGCAAUCGCAGCCCGGACGCUCCCAAGCGGGGAUACAAUUGUUACCUUCCAAAGCACGACAACUAGAGACUG